CGUCAAGCUUCUGUGGGAAAUGCUGGGAAGCGAGGCGGCAGAAGAAGCAAUGGGUGAAGUGGAUAUCAACGGAAGGAAUGGACCCAUGACUGGCUGCUGCUGGGGCUUUCUGGGUAUAGUGGACCUGCUGUGUAACUACUCUGGGCUAGACAUCAAUCAGCAGGACCAAGUUGGAAACACAGCCUUGAUGACUGCAGCUCAGGCAGGGGCAGAUGUGAAGGCCUCUCAAGGCAGGACUGCACAAGAUUGGGCACUGUCUGCCGGGAGGGUCGAAACCUCUCCCCAAAUCAAGUGGCUGCUGGAGCAGCCCUGUGUAGAGCAAGUUGCAGUUGGCUAUGUCCCGGGAAGCCCAGCUCACAAAGAACCGUCUGUAAGAGCGAAGGCGCCAAAUUUUCAGUCGGAGAAGAUUACCAAUCAACUGAAGUCCAUGUUGAGGAUAAAAGAUCCAUUCAAUCCUCAAGAGGGUGGUGUUCUGGAGCACAUGGUGAGGGUAACCGCCAAUCCCUCCAGUCCAUUCAUUGCCACCACCUGCAUGAACAUUUGUCCAGCGAGUAUCCCAAAUGUUAGGAAGCACCGAGGUGCAACGCCCAAAAUAAUGAGGCGUUUCUCUCUGACGCAGGAGUCUGCAUCCCUUCUACAAAGCGAGCACGCGAAAGAAUCUGUUGGAGUCAUAACCCCUUCCGUCAACUCUGAGGAGAGAAAUGGAGCAAAGCCAAAGCAGGGGUCCCGGCCGAUCAACUCUAGAGCUGCUGGGGUUGAUCCGAUCGACUUUCUCUCCUUGCAGUUACCUAUCAGGAAUUGUGCUGUUGCCACUGGCUGUAUUCCCAAGAUUGAGCUCAUCAGCGCUUCACCCCUCACACGUAAAAGAGAAAAAAAGCAAUUGCCAAGGAACAAGAAUUUACUCCCCCUCCCAAAAUGGAAGUACAAGCAAAUGAGGGAAGAGAGAAAGGCAGCCAAGAACCGGAAAGAACAACUGAUGGAAAAGAAUAAGAGAGCAUGCAAGUUCAGCACCAGCGUGUGA